AUAAUAAUACUUCCUAACCAAAACACCCCAAAACUCCCUAAAAACAUACCCUAAAACACUGAAAAGGCAUCCCAAAAUCACAAAAACAUAGAUACACUGACAAACUAAACUGAUCCAAAUGACAAAAUAACUCAAAACCCAUGUUUCUAACAAUCCACAAGCAAAUUACUUAAUAUUAUACUCGGUAUUGUUCGCUACUAUAUCUAUCUAUCAACAUAGGGUUAUAUCUUUCCUUUUUAUUUUCUUUUUGUUUGAACAUAUCAAUGCUAAAAGCUCCUCCUCCAUGCUUAUUCCACCUCUCUUAUUCAAUUGAAAAUAAUUACCAACCUUUGUGUUGUAAAUUGUAACCGAUUUGGGCCAAAGCUUGUUUGCAUUUCACUUCUUCUCUAUUGGUGGAGCCUAUGAUCAUGAUUUAGCUCACCAAACGAAUUAAUUAAUGAUAAUCGUGCUUAGUGCACUCUUUGAUUUAUCAAUCAGUUCCCCCCCCCCCCCUUCUAUUGGUGAUAUUUUGGUGCAUGUAUUGAAUGCGCCUCUCAUUCUUGGCUAACAAGUUAAAUGAUGAUGUUUCCAUGAUUUACAACUCUUCGAAUACCGAAGGUUGCAGAAAACUAGCGAUAUAAUAUUUCAUGAUGAAAGUGUGAUUUAAGCGUAGUUUAGACUUCUCGUACCACUAAAAACUAUUUACCGCACAAAAGUGGGAGACAACAACUUAUUUGGGGGAAAACUACUAAUUAACUAAACACUGAUCAAUAAAGUAUUGUUAGCUCUUAUCCAUUUAUGGAUUAAAUUAUUAUUUUUCUUAUUGUAUCAUUAUUAGUUUAUGUUAUGUAAUCUAACUUAUGAGGACUUUAGUAUAACCUUCCAAAACUCCAAAUUGUUGGCUUCUGUACUGCCAAUUCUCAGGUUACCAAAUCCAGCGGCUACCCGCUACUGUGGUUUUGGACCAUUCUGUCCCAUUCCGACUUCCAAUUAACAAUAAUAAUAAUAAUUAAUAUUAUUGUUAAUUUUAUAUACUCGCUUUUGGCCCCAGAUCGCAGGCUUGUAAAGAUAUCUGUUGGGCUUUUGAGCCUCAAUUUGCAGGCUCUUAGGCAAAUCGGAAAUAGAAGCGACAACAGGCGAAUGUCAUAAAGAAAACGUCCAACGAGGAAAAAGGCCUUCCGGCGGACCGGCAGUGGUCUGCAGAGAGUGGUGACCCAGAAAGAAAUACGAAUCAUAGGCCCGCAGUACAGCUUUGUAACCUGAUUUGGGCUGGGUUGAAGUUUCAAAAAAAUCUCCUUUUUUUGUGGGCUUUCAACGGGGGAAGCCCACUACUAUAAAAUUCAUAUCACGAGUGGAAGUCCUUCAUGGCUGGGUGGGUUGAGGUUGAAUAGUCAACAGUACUUGACAAAAAUAAAACGUGCAUUACCAUGCACGUAAGCUCUAGGUCCACCCGAGAAAAAGAAGAAACAGAUAGUAACGAUGAUAAGCUCAUAAGGUUCACUCAUACCUCUAGUGGAGGACUUGAUUAAUUUGUGUGGAAACUUAGUUGUGUGGUGCAGAUUUGAGUCUCGAGUCUAUGUCCUUUAGCUUGGAAGCUCAGUUAUGGUGUGCAUUUUACUCUCCCCAAAUCAAACUAAUCUCAAGUCAAGUUCUUUCUUUGGCUUUGUACUUACUCUCCAAUCUCCAUGGAGGUUCCCUAUAUAUACUCUCCUCCGAUCCCCCAAGCAGCUAAGCAAAGCCAUUGAAAGAGAGAUAUUGAAACUCCAAUCCACCCAUGGCGAAACUAGCAGCUGCUAUAUCCCUUCUACUAACGCUGCAACUAUGCUGCGGUGCGUCUAGCCAUUCAUAUCCUCCUCCUCGUCCAUCACUGAUCUCUUCAGAACGUUGUCUUCCUGACGAGAGCAUUGCACUGCUGCAGUUCAAGAACUCCUUCGUCGGAGGAGUAGUCAAUCACGACGACGACGAUAAAAUGGCAACGUGGAAGGAAGGAUCGGACUGUUGCUCGUGGGAAGGUGUCACUUGCGACCGUUUCAGCAGUCAUGUCGUCGGCCUCCACCUUGGUUGUGACCAAGUACUGUCCUACGCCCCUUGUCGGCGGUUUCAGGGGAUUCUGCAUCCAAACAGCUCCCUCUUCCACUUGCGGCACCUCCGGAGCCUCGAUCUGUCCUACAAUGACUUCAAUGGCUCCACCAUUCCCUCAACCUUCACCCAGUUGACCAGCCUAACUCAUCUCAACCUCUCUAGAUCGAGGUUUUCCGGUCACAUCCCGCUCGGGUUCAGCCGUCUCAACAAGCUUGUCACACUUGAUCUUUCCUAUAGUUGGCCAGAUGGUGAUCGAGAAAGAGCAGUACUCUCCUUUGGCGACAACGACGAUUUCUCCAAGCUGAUGCUGAACGCCACGGGAUUAAGCGAGCUUCUGCUUUAUGGCGUGAGUAUGUCAAACAUCAAACCCUCCUCCUUCUCCAACUUAUCACACUCCAUGACAGAUAUCGGCCUUUCCGACUCUGGAUUAGUAGGGGAUUUUCCGGAGAGCGUCUUUCGCCUCCCAAACCUCCAAGGGUUUGUUCUCUAUGAAAAUCCACAGCUCUCCGUUCAAUUUCCAUUCUCGAAUUGGACUGCUAGCCACCUCAAGGUUUUAAUUCUCUCCUCCGUCAAUUUCUCUCGACAACUGAUGAUCCCAGCUUCAAUCGGGGAUUUGAAGUCCUUGCACACUUUAUACCUUGACGACUGUUCAUUGUCGGGGUCAGUCCCAGAUUUUAUAGGGAACCUCACGUCCUUGACUGAUUUCAGCCUUCGAUUCAAUUCAUUAUCCGGGAGAUUUCCUGAUAAUAUUUUUCGCAACCUAGUUCAGCUGGAAGUCUUGGAUUUGCAUAGCAACAAAUUUUCUGGCUGGUUUCCUGGUACUUUCGGUAGCCUCUCGCACAAACUUACAUAUCUAGACGUUUCCAAUAACAAUUUCACAGGUCCUAUUCCAUCUCUCAUCUUUAACCUGCCAAAACUUCAAAUCUUGGAUUGUUCAUACAAUCAGCUUCUGUACCUUGACCUAAGCUACAACAUGAUUGAAGGCCCACUUUCUAUCCCGAGGAGUCCUCAACUUCAAUACUUGGCAGUGGCCAAUAAUAAGUUGACAGGGAGGAUGCCACACCACAUUUGUAACCUCCCUUUGCUUACCGUCAUCAACUUGUCUAACAACAACUUGAGUGGCACCAUUCCGAAGUGCUUGGUCAACCUUACCGAUUUGAGAGUCUUGCAAUUGAGGAUGAACAACUUCCACGGUUCAGUUCCAUCCAUAUUUGGCAAUAUGAGCUCCUUGGAAAAUCUGGACUUGAAUGACAACACAUUGGGAGGUCCAUUGCCGCAAAGCUUAACAGGGUGCAAGGAGCUUCAAGUAUUGGAUGUCGGGAACAAUGAACUUAAUGGUGUUUUCCCAUUUUGGUUGUCAUCUCUUCCUGGGCUCAAAGUUCUCAUCUUGCACAAUAAUAGUUUCCAUGGCACUAUCACGACCGAGAGUAUGGAUCCCAUGAACAGCUUUCCCAUGUUGCGGAUAUUGGACAUCUCCAACAACUACUUCAACGGUCUUCUGCCCGCAAGCUUGUUUCACAAGUUCCCGGCCAUGAUGAUGCUGCAUGAGUCCGAGAAAAUUGGAGUGCAUUACAUUGCACGGUCAAGUGAUAAUGAGUACUACUCUGUUGUUCUGAUAGUGAAAGGCCAAGAGAUGAUGAUAACCAAAAUCCUCACCAUCUUCACCACCGUGGACUUGUCGAACAACAAUUUCCACGGCAGUAUUCCAGACGCAAUCGGAGAGCUCAAGUCACUUCUACUCCUUAAUCUGUCACACAACAACUUCAUUGGCCCAAUCCCAUCUUCCCUGGUGAACUUGAACGAACUUGAAUUCUUGGAUCUCUCCUCAAACCAACUUACAGGGGAGAUCCCAUCACGAUUGGCAAGUUUGACAUAUCUUUUAAUUUUGAACUUGUCACGAAAUUCGCUCCAGGGGCAGAUACCUCAAGGCAACCAAUUCCUCACAUUCGAUAAUACUUCUUACAUUGGAAACGAAGGGUUGUGCGGGCCUCCUUUGAUCAAGAAGUGCGGAGGUGAUCAUGUUGAGGAUUCUGAACCUGCAGAAUCCGAGUCCGAUGUAACACUGUUUGAUUGGACAUUCGCAGGUGCUGGGUAUGGAUCCGGGCUAGUGAUCGGAGUAUCGACCGCCUACAUUAUGUUCAUAAUCAGGAAGCCACGGUGGCUGGUGGAGAUGAUAGAUAAUUGUAUUCGACGGCAACACCAGGCUAGACGGUGGAGGCCGGCGAUAAGAUUUUAACACUACUGAAUACUGAUCAAAUAAGUGCAAGUCGGAGUUGCUUUCCAUCUUCUCUGUUUUGUCAUGUGUAUGUGUAAUAUUGGUUGCUCCUUCCAUGUAUAAUUCUUCAUGUUCUCUGUUUCGAUGGAAUACUGAUCAACUUAGCUUGAUCAGACUCUCCUUUCUUCUUCUACCUUCAUUUUCCAUCUCUUCCUUUCAUCGUCGGCGAUAAAUAAAGGCCAACAAUCAACUCAACACAAAUAUAUAUACAGGAGUGUAUAUGAGCAAUUUGCCACAUCAGCUGCCGAGAAAGCAGCCCCUAAUUUGCUGAGGGAUAUUUUUGACAAUAGACACUUUUACUAUGGUGAAAUUAAUCAGUUGUAACCGAGCCUCACUCUGCCAAUUUUGGGCCCGUUAGUUAGGCCUGCUAAAGGAUAAAGGAGAAGCCAAGAUUAAAUGCUACUUGCCAGUAGCAGCCCGAUUUGAUUCUAAAGGAGGGGUGCAAAUCCAAUGGUCGGAGCUCAGUCCUCUCAUUUGGGUCAUCAUCAUCGGACAACACCCUCUGGGGCGGAGGGAGAGGGUUAAAUUAGGUUUAAAUAGGAAUAGUUCACCUUUCAAAUAUUUGGUGCAUAUGAUUCCCCCAAAAUUAAAGAUGUAUUUAUUCAACAUUUACAAUAAUUUUUCACCAAAUCAUAUCUAAUUGUUAAAAGUAAUUUUAUUUCAAUCAGGAGUAGGGAGAGUGUAACGGGUGGUUCUUUAAGACGAAAAUGAGUAAAUUAGUAUAAUAGUUUUUUCACAGUGUGUAUAAUAGUUAAUUGAGAAUGAAAUUUUGAGUACCUCUAAUUGAUAAUGAUUGACCGAGAGAUUUGCAAAAAAUUUAAGCAAAUAUAAGUUGGUUUUGGUUCGCGGGGAAGUGUUAGUAAAUACUAAAUGGUAUUAGAUUCAUUAUUAAAAAUUUCUCAACAACUCGACUUAUCGAUACUAAACGGUCUUGACAAAGAACAUCAUUCAAAAGUAAAUGUCUAACUAAAUCAUGAAUAAUUGUUUGAUACACAUAGAGCGAUAUUUUUUAUAGUUUUGAUAUAUAUUUCAAUUGCCAAUUUUUGUAAAUACAAAAUUAUAUCAUGAAUGAUUUAAAAAGUUAACAAAACUAUUUAUUGUAUGUAUAUUUUUUAAAAAUUGACUCACCCACAAUAAAAUACUGACUACACCCCUGUUGUUCGUGACACCAAUAGCUUCAUACUGCGAUCAAAAUUACAACUCCCCCAUCGAGCAAAGUGAUUCAUGGAUUGUGUCAAGCUAUGACACAGAGGAGGUUUUCUUUAAAAGGAUUGCUACUUUCUUCAAAAUUAGGCACCAAACAACUGAGGGAACUUUGUCAUAGUCACUCUGUGUGUGAGAACAAUAGUACAAUUUAAUGAAAUAGCGCUACACCU